UUACAAAGUCGGACCAGCGGAAAUCUGCUUUGACAGAGAAACAGCGAAAUGUGUUUUGCUUUGUAGCAAGUGAUUCUCUUUACAGCUUUAACUUUACACGGUAGAAACAGAUUUUCACGCAUCAUUUUAUUUGUUUAAAUUAAUGAUUAAAGGGGAACAGAAGAUGUUCGCGGGGCUUCCGGAGCUCGGGAUCUCUAACGGAGAGGACCUGAAAGAAACUCUCACAAACUGCACAGAGCCUCUGAAGGCUAUCGACCAGUUCCAGAUGGAAAAUGGGAUCCUGCUGCCGACCCUCCAGUCUGCUCUCCCCUUCCUCGACCUCCAUGGGACGCCUCGCCUGGAGUUCCAUCAGUCCGUCUUUGACGAGCUCCGAGACAAGCUGAUGGAGCGAGUCGCCACCAUCGCGGAGGGAAAAGAAGAAGACAGAUACGGGAAGCUGGAGGAGCUGCUGGAGAAGAGCUUUCCUCUCGUUAAAAUGCCGUCCAUCCAGCCGGUGGUGAUGCAGGUGCUCAAACAUCUACCCAAGGUACCAGAGAAGAAACUGAAGAUGGUGAUGGCUGACAAAGAGCUGUACAAGGUGUGUGCAGUGGAGGUGAAGAGGCAGAUCUGGCAGGAUAACCAGGCUCUGUUUGGGGAUGAAGUGUCUCCCCUCCUGAAGCAGUACAUCGUGGAGAAGGAAGCAGCUCUGUUCAGCAGCGACCUCUCCAUCCUGCACAAUUUCUUCAGCCCGUCUCCCAAAACACGGCGCCAAGGAGAGGUGGUUCUAAAGCUGACACAGAUGAUAGGAAAGAACGUGAAGCUGUACGACAUGGUGCUGCAGUUUCUACGAACACUCUUCCUGAGAACGAGAAACGUGCACUACUGCACGCUGAGGGCGGAGCUGCUGAUGUCGCUUCAUGACCUGGACAUCAGUGAGAUCUGCUCUGUGGACCCGUGUCAUAAGUUCACUUGGUGUUUAGACGCCUGCAUACGGGAGAAGUUUGUGGACGGCAAGCGAGCCAGAGAGCUGCAGGGUUUCCUGGAUGGAGUGAAGAAAGGACAAGAGCAAGUCUUAGGGGACCUCUCCAUGAUCCUGUGUGACCCGUUUGCUUGUAACACCCUGGUCCUGAGUAUCGUGAGGAACCUGCAGGAGCUGCUGAGUCAGGACAGUUUACCAAGGGACAGUCCGGAUCUGAUGCUGCUGCUCAGGAUGCUCUCACUGGGUCAGGGAGCGUGGGACAUGAUUGACAGCCAGGUGUUUAAAGAGCCUCGCUUGGAUCUGGAGGUGGUGACGCGUUUCCUGCCCGCCAUGAUGUCAGUGGUCGUGGAUGAUCACACCUUCACCGUUGAGCAGAAGCUUCCCAGUGAGGAGAAGAGUUCACAGUCAUACCCCACCACCCUGCCGGACGCCUUCAACAGGUACCUGCAGGAGAACAGGGUGGCCUGUGAGAUGGGUCUGUACUACGUCCUCCACAUUGCCAAACAGAGGAACAAGAAUGCCUUACAGAGACUACUGCCUGCCCUCGUGGAGACGUACAACGACAUGGCCUUUGGAGACAUCUUCCUGCACCUGCUGACUGGACACCUCACGCUGCUCUCUGACGAGUUCGGAUCAGAAGAGUUCUGUUCUGUUGUCUUCGAUGGCUUCCUUCUGACUUCUUAUUCCAGUAAAGAGAACGUCCACAGACACACCCUGCGCAUGUUGCUGCAUCUACACCACAAAGUGCUGCCAUCCUACGUGGAAACUCUGCUGAAAACCCUUGAACCUCCAAAACAGAGCAGCGAGCCGGUGAAGGAGCUGUACACCCAGCUGACGGAGAAGCUGGAGGCCCAAAAGAAGAGCCCUCCGCCCCCGGAGGAAACCCCAUCCCUUGAUCUGGGACUGCACCCGGUGACCGUCCCCACCACCGCCUCCACCCCGACCACGCCUCUCUGAGACAUCAGCAGUGACUGAGUGUAAAGACAGCCAACAGCUGGCUCGUGCAUUUCUCCAAAAAAGAAAA